AUGGCUCCCAUCAAAGAAUACGCUCUUCUCUGCUUGGAGAACCCUCUGCUUGACAUCCAAGCAGUCGGUAACGCAGCCCUGCUCGAGAAAUACAACCUCAAACCCAAUGAUGCCAUCCUCGCCGAAGAGAAGCACCUCAGCAUCUAUGACGACCUCCUGAACAACUACUCCGCCAAACUCAUCGCGGGAGGCGGCGCCCAGAAUACUGCCCGCGGAGCUCAGUACAUGCUGCCGCCUAACAGCGUCGUCUUCCUCGGCGGCGUCGGCGACGACAAGUACGCCGCCAUCCUGCACGACGCAGUCAAGGCCGCCGGUCUCCGCGUCGAGUACCGUGUCGAUAAGACCCAGCCGACUGGCCGGUGUGGAGUUGUUAUCACCGACCACAACAGAUCCAUGGUCACAGAUCUUGCGGCCGCAAAUCACUAUGACCUCGAGCACCUGAAGAGCCCCGAGGUGUGGAAGCUGGUCGAGGGCGCUACCACCUACUUUGUCGGUGGGUACCACUUGACGGUGUGCCCGCCUGCGAUCAUGGCGUUAGCUGAGGAAGCCGCUGCGAAUGACAAGGCUUUUGUGUUCUCGCUGUCUGCUCCGUUCAUUCCCCAGUUCUUCAAAGACCCCCUUGAUGCUACGGCGCCUUACUGGGACUACGUGAUUGGUAACGAGACCGAGGCGUUAUCUUAUGCUGAGAGCCAUGGCCUUGAGACCAAGGAUAUCAAAGAAAUCGCGAAGGCUUUAGCUGCCUUGCCAAAGAAGAAUGAGAAGAGGGAGAGAGUGGCUAUCAUUACCCAGGGUACUGAGCCUACUCUUGUUUCUGUUGGCGGCAAGGAUGUCCAGGAGUUCCCUGUUCACGCCAUCGAUAGCAAGCUGAUUAAUGACACUACUGGUGCUGGAGAUGCUUUCGCUGCUGGCUUCACUGCUGGUUUGGUUGCUGGGGAGAGCUUAGCUCAAUGUGUUGAUCAGGGUCAAUGGCUGGCUAAGUUGAGUAUCCAGGAGUUGGGUCCUUCAUUCCCAUUUCCCAAGCAGGCGUAUAAGCCAUCCAGCCAAUAG